UGUACAAAUAUAUUAAAGUUUAAGGCUCGUUUACCAAUAUACUUGCAAAAUCAAUAUCCUUGUAAUUGAGGUUAUAAACACAUUAGUAGUGUAAAAAGAUGUAAUGGAAAUUCAAUGAAAUUUCGGAUUUGUUGUAGAAUAUAGUUUCGUUAAAAAAUUUUGUAGAUUUAUGUAACAUUUUCAAGCCGAUAAUAGCAAAUUUAAGCAUUUCGAAUUAGUUGCGAAUACAAUAACUUCAAUUAAUUUAGCUAUAUAAACAUGGAUAAUGAAGAGUUGUUUGAGCAUAAUUCAAGUUCGGAAAAUGUGAAUAUAGAGCACAAGAAUAAUAUAAAAAAUAGAAAACAUUAUUUGAAUCAAGAAGAGAAAGAAAAAUUUUUAAAAUCUCAAAUUAAGCAAGAAACAAAGAAGAGUGUAAAGCAACCGAGGCACGCCGAGAAAGAAGAUAAAUUUCAAAAAGCACCGACCACUGUCAAAAUUUAUAAGAUCUUAAUUUUACUAGCUCUCUUUGUACCGAUUUUAGGCAUAUUUAUGAAUCAAAAUAAAUUCAGCAUAUUUAUGUCUACCGUUGCGAUGGAUCCGGGUAGCGCCAAAAUUUAUGUUAGGACAAAGUUGAAUGAUUUAAAGUUAAUAUAUAAGAAUCAAGAAGAUGAUUUGUGGAAUGAAAUUUUAAUAAGUAUACACAUGUUUGUUACGAAUCCUACGAGACCUUCUAUAAUUCUAUUAUUAGGAAAUGAAUUUCAACCACUGAAAUGUUUAGCUACAUCAUUAGGGAAUAUAAGCAGUAAGGUAUUAGAUACGGACAAUGUAUUCCUUGAUCCUGAAAAUUUUGACGACAAUACUGGAAUAGUUAUAAAGUCAAUGCAGUCACAAGUUCAAUAUAAAAAAGUCAUUAUUGUUUGGGAUUUGUUAAAUAUAAAUGUCGAAGCCUUAAAGGCAUUUCACAAUUUUUGUGAUACUAUUAACCCACUGGAAAAGGACGUUAUUUAUAUAAUAAGUAUGAUUGCAGAAAAUUAUGAAAAUAAAAUUACAGCAAUAGAAUUUAUCGAAACUGAGCUUUGGAAAAAAUUAUCCGGCAAAAUAAAAGAAGACAGUAUACAACCAUUAAUUACUAGAAUUACCAGUGGGUCUGUCGUUUUUGUAAAUUCUGAGCCAACUUUUACAGAUUGUUAAUAUUACAGAUUAUAUACAUAAUUUGAUUGAGAUU